CCCCCACUUUGUCACCGGCUUUGCUCCCAGCGGGGGCAGAAGAUGGUGACUUCCCAAUCAAGUUUGAGGCUUGCUUUCUACAAGUAUUUUAAUGUCCGAUCAUGCCGAACACCAGAACGCAGAACAAGAGUUAUCGGGCAGUCCGACCAGAAUAAAAUGAGAACAACGACUGGGACGGAAAGGAACGAAGAAUGCAGAAAGCCCGCCGACCAGGCCGAGAGAUGGCAGCAGAUAGCAGAUCACAGAUGGCUGACAGAAAGGGAAGCAGUCGAAGUCCGUUGGCUGCCGAGGCGUGCGUAAAAGGCUGGAAUCCAUAUGGUUAUUAUUCGCGCCGAUUUCCCCGCGCCUCUGACGCACGUCAAAGUUCACUGGAUGAUACGGUGUGCAUUAGUUCUACUGGGAUGGUUCGCCCACCGGUGCAGAUCUUUGACCAGGGACUGGAUCUGCCUAUGGAGGAGAAAAUAAUGGAAGUGGGGUGACGACGAUAAACAUCCUUUGCCACCAUCCUUUAUGAUGCUUUGUUGACCCCAACCACACAGAGGAUCUUAUCUCCAGCUCUCGGCAUUUCCUAUCUCGUACCCCCACCCCUCCUGAUACACUCCGCAAUCUCCACCGAGAAAGACACUAGACACGACUCUUGCCGCUCGUUCAGGGUCUUUAAGCAGCGGAUAACGCACCAAACCCAAAAUGCCUUUCUUUAGCUCACAAAAAGAUAGUAGACAGUUCAUCAGCUGAUAAGUGCGUUGGCCCUUGACCCGCAUGGGCAAGACCGGCAUUGAAGUGCACUAGCCGUAUGCAAAUCUGUGUGGCGGAGGAUCUCUUGGGACUUCUUUCGAAUAUAUUAUCUACCCGUUGUAGGGUCUUUUUGUUUGUUUUCCAGCGACCAAAGGACUCUUAUCAACACAACCCAAGCUAGUGGUAGCUUCAAUAUCUCCAUUUAUAUCCACCUUUCCAACUAUCACUGUCUUACAAUCCAUCGCCGACCUUCAAAGUCUCGUCUGAUCACCUGUGUUUACAACACUAUCAAAGUCGUACCAAUAUGACUGUCUUAAGCCGUCUCUCUCAGCUGCGCGUGGGCGCUGCUCGAUACAAUUCGCCCUGGACACAAGUAAUCAUUGUCGGUUUUGUAUGUUUCUGCAGUGUGGGCAUGUUCAGUGCAGUCAGUGGCCUCGGUGCUGGUGGUACCCAAGACACAGCUCUAUCAGAUACCGCGAACGCCGUGCUCUACGGAGUCUUUGCUAUCAUGGGUAUCUUUGCCGGUUCCAUCAAUAACGUCCUUGGUCCAAGGUUGACACUCUCUAUUGGUGCCACAGGUUAUUCUCUCUAUGUCGGAGCGCUCUGGGCAUUCCAAGUGCAUGGUACUAGGUGGUUCCUCAUUCUUGCCGGUGGUCUUCUUGGUGUCACCGCUGCCCUCCUCUGGUCUGCCCAAGGUUCCAUCAUGAUGUCCUACUCGUUGGAAAAGGACAAGGGCCGAGCGUUCUCUCUGUUUUGGUCCAUUUUCCAAAUGGGUACCUUGAUUGGUGCUGCGAUCGCUCUUGGAAUUCAGGCCCAUAGCACACUGCCUUCAGUCUCAACCGGUGUAUAUUUGGCUUUCAUGAUCAUUCAGUUGACCGCAAUUGCUACCAGUUGGCUUAUCUUGCCUCCUCAUCUUGUUGUGCGAGGUGAUGGUACAAUUGUCAAGCUUGAUGAUGCCAUUAGCCCUAAAGAAGAGGCUCGCCACUUCCUCAAGAUGUUCAAGGACUGGAGAAUGCUUAUGCUUUUCCCCAUGUUUUUUGCUUCCAACUACUUCUAUGCUUAUCAAGGAGCCAUCACUGCUUUCCUUUUCAACGGUCGUACCCGUGCACUCGUUUCCCUUCUUACCGGGCUUGGUGCCAUCGUUGGCGCUAUUCUUAUUGGCGUAGUCCUCGACCGUGUUCCCCUCUCCAGAAGAAAGCGUUCCAUGGUUGGCUGUUUAACAGUGGUUGUCCUCAACAUCGUUAUCUGGGUCGGCGGGUUGGUUUUCCAAGUCAAGUUUACUCGCUCCACAGACCACGCAGUCUGGGACUGGAGUGAUGGAGCUGCUACCGGACCAAUUAUAUUGCUUAUGAGCUAUUAUAUUGGUGACGCUGCUUUCCAAGGUCUUGCCUACUAUACCAUGUCCUGUAUCACCAACGACCCUUUCAGGCUUGCCCGUAUGGCGGGUUACUACAAGGGUGUUCAAUCUGCCGGGGCUGCCGUAUCCUUUGGCAUGGACGCUGUUGCCACACCUUUCCUCACAGAGCAUCUUGUCAGCUGGAUAAUCCUCUUGGUAUCUCUCCCUCUUUGCGGAUAUGUCCUCUGGACAGCAAAUGAGACUAAUUACGAAGUCGAGGGUGUCGUAAAGGUCGAGGACGUUGAAGGUAACGCAGUUGAAGGGGCCGCUUUGCCCAAGGGACACCAUAUGCACCAGAAGGAAAAAGUUUCCACGGAUGAGAAGUUUGAAGGGAAUAUUGCCAAGGUUAUGAGUGUUCAAAAAGAGUAGGAAUCCUACUCUACCGGACCCCGUAUUUUGUAUGAGUGGUCUCGUGUAUUUCAAGUUGGUCGAGAUGAGAAGCGUUGAUUUCUUAACUGGGAUGUUGGUAGCUUUUCGAAUACGUCCGUAAUAGUUGUCAUAUUAGAUUUCUCUCAGGUAUGAGUAUGUAUGAUCUUUCUUAU